AAAGUCUAACUUGGAUCUUGAAAGAAAAAAUAUAUAGAAAGUGCUACAAUAACAAAUAGCAUAAAAGUCUCAACAAUGAUUAAAUAGCAGAGUAUUUUAAUAACAGCUCAAUUAUCAUUAUUAAUUAUUUCUUUUUUUGGCGAGAGAGUUUAAUUAUUUUGCUGAAUACUAAUUUUGUAUUAAAAAACAUAUAAGUGUAUAACAAUCAUAUAAUAACCAAUUUACUGUGUUUUGAAAACCUUAUCAUAUGUCAUUUUCUCCCAACCUUUCCUUAUAAGCAAUGAAAAGAUCAGAUUGAUCCACUACAUAAUUACUAUGAUGCUACACUUUAUUUUUUUUCAAACUAUAAAACCCCAUCAUUUUUAUAGUUUUAGGAAACAUCAUAAGAAUCUUGAUUUACAAAACAUGGCAAGGAAAAACAUUUUUUUACAUUAUAAUAUAGUGUUAAUUAGUUUCUUGGUAUUUGUGUUGUUGGUGACAGAAGCGGCACCUCAAAGUGCACUGGUAACUGAACUUCCUGGAUUCAAUGGCAGACCUUUUAAUUUUGAGUUGGGAAAGCCAAGCGGUAGCCUGCCGUCUCUGCAUAACAAUCCAUACAGUUGGUCCAAGGUUUCCAGUGUAAUAUAUCUGGAUUCUCCUGUUGGUGUUGGAUUAUCCUACUCGGGAAAUGAAUCUGACUAUGUGACAGGAGACUUAAAGACUGCAUCCGAUAGCCACUCGUUUCUCCUCAAGUGGUUUGAGAUCUACCCGGAGUUCCUCACGAACCCAUUUUACAUAGCUGGAGAGUCUUAUGCUGGAAUAUAUGUGCCAACUCUGUCUUACGAAGUAGCAAAAGGCAUUGAUGCUGGAGUAACGCCCGCUAUCAACUUUAAGGGUUACAUGGUGGGAAAUGGCGUGACAGAUGACAAAAUAGAUGGUAAUGCUCUUGUUCCAUUUCAACAUGGUAUGGGCCUCAUUUCAGAUAAAUUGUACGAGGAAGUUACUGUUGCAUGCCAUGGAAAUUUCUACGAACCAAUGAGCAGUAACUGUUCAGACAAGCUUUCUGAAGUUGAUCUGGCAGUGAAAGAUCUAAACUUGUACGACACUCUAGAACCAUGUUACCACAGCAAAGAACCCAGUGUAAUUACCACUGGUAACUCGAAACUGCCAAUGAGCUUUCGUAAACUAGGUGAAACAGAAAGGCCUCUUCCUGUCAGAAAAAGAAUGUUUGGCCGUGCAUGGCCUUUUAAAGCUCCAGUAAGAGAGGGACGUGUUCCAACUUGGCCGGAGAUUCUCAAUGGUUUAGAAGUCCCUUGCACUGAUGAUCGUGUUGCUACUGCUUGGCUAAACAAUGAAGAUGUUCGUAAAGCAAUUCAUGCUGAACAAACAACCGCCACAGGUCCCUGGGAGCUAUGCACAGGCAAAAUAAUUCUAAGUCAUGAUUCUGGAAGCAUGAUUAAGUAUCAUAAAAACCUCACAACUCGGGGAUACCGGGCAAUCAUAUACAGUGGGGAUCACGAUAUGUGUGUACCAUACACCGGUUCAGAAACCUGGACAAGAUCACUUGGAUAUCCGAUUGUGGAUGAAUGGAGGCCUUGGUAUGUGAAUGGCCAAGUUGCAGGUUACAUACAAGGUUAUGCCAACAACCUCGUUUUUCUGACUAUUAAGGGAGCUGGACACGCCGUGCCAGAGUACAAACCACGAGAGGCAUUGGCGCUCUACAGCCGCUGGCUAGAGGGCAAGAACAUAUGAUAAUAUGAGUAAUGAAGACUGAAUUAAGUCCAAUUAUUUCAGAGAUUUAGCAGGAGAAUUUUAUAAAAGAGAAAAUAAGGGAGAAGGAUAUUGGAUUUUUACCAUGUAAUUGAAGACAUAUAUAUAUAUUGUAUCUUCUGACUGUUGAGGCAUGCUCAUAUCAAUCUCUCUCCAGUAUCGAAGCUCCGUGUCAAGUCAAAAUUAGACAAAUAAAUUGAAACGGAGUAAAUAAUAAGAAAUUUAUUGAAGUGGUAUGUACAGUCACCCCUUUAUAAUAUUCAUGAAUUGGUGGAUUGUUGUGGA